AUCACGACAAGAAUCAUGCUACGGGCAGCGGUGAAGCUCAGAAAUCAUGAGAGUAGAGGGCUGAAAAGAGCCCACAUAUAUUUAUAACAGCAUAAUUAUAAAUAGCGGUUAAUGUUAAUACGGAUUUGAUUCGCUGCAAGCAUGGGUGACCGCGUUAAUGAUGUUAUGAAGCUGUGCUGUGAGUUAUCUGCCGAUCAGCAAAUUCAGACCACGGUGAAAGGCUCGGGGAAGGGAGCAGCAGCAGCCGGGGGACUGGCCUUUGCUGGAGGCUUGAUUGGGGGUCCUCUUGGCAUUGCAGUGGGUGGCGCUGUCGGGGGCCUUCUGGGCUGCUGGCUGACCAGUGGCCAAUUCAAACCCCUGCCUCAGAUCAUAAUGGAGCUCAGCCCUCAGCAGCAGCAGAGGCUGUAUGGUGACCUCAUGGCCGUCCUGGGAAAUGUUCAGUGGACUGAUGUGGCUCAGCUAUCUGCUCUAGUGAUGGGCAACGCCGCCCUGAAGCAGCAGCUUACGGCCGCUCUCCUUUCAUACGUCACCAAGGAGCUACAGGCGGAGGUGCACUACGUGGAUUAGUGACUGGAUAACCUGACUCAGAGGCCUACGUGGUCGGGACGAUGCAGUAUUUGAGAAGAAAAUCAGCGGGGGGCGGGGGGGUCUGACUCAUAAUUAAAUGUGAAAUCAUGUAUUAUUAAGAGUGUAAAUGCCAGCACAGCUUAUCCCUUAAAAUGUGCCAGUUUAAACGGAUGUGGAAAGUGCAUUUACACACAGUAGCACUGAUCAUAGACUGAAUAAGCUAAACUGCAGUUGCAAUUUUAUCUUAUAUAAAUUUAUGAAGGGGCAGCCUUUUUGUAUUAUAAUUAUGCCUUUGCCACUGUCUGCACAUCACAUUGGUCCCUUUCAAUAAAAGAAAAAACGUUGGGUACUGGUUCUGUUUA